AGAGGCAUCAAAAGACAAGUGGCUUCUCAGAAGCCCGUCAUAUAGUACAUGCUGCCAAGCUCCCCAGGCAAGGAUGGGGAUAGGCAGGGGGACUCGAAUACAACUAUGGAUACCCAUACUAAUGAUCAUCUUAAGCCAUCAGAAAGUACAUGCCCAGUAUGAGGAUCAGCAAUCCCAGUAUGAGGAUCAGCAAUCCCAGUAUGAAGAUCAGCAGUCCCAAUAUGUGGACCAACAGCCCUUCAGUUCUGAGGAGCAGCAGGUGCAGCAGACACGUGACUAUUUUACCACAUUAGCUCCCACAAGUCCUGUGAGCAUGAUCCCUGCCUUGAGAACAACAAUGGUUAUCAAUGCUGGAAACUCAGCUCAUAAUCAUAGAGUGUGCAGCACUUGGGGCAAUUUCCACUUCAAGACCUUUGAUGGAGAUAUCUUUCAGUUUCCUGGACUCUGCAAUUAUGUCUUUGCAUCCCACUGCAAAUCCUCUUAUGAAGACUUCAAUGUGCAAAUAAGACGCUUGGUGGUUAAGAAUGUUACCGUUAUAAGCCAUGUGGUUUUAAAACUUGAUGGAGUAGCUGUUGAACUGACCUCAAGUUCCGUUACUGUCAAUGGAGAACCGGUUCAGCUGCCUUACAAUCACUUAGGAGUUCUGAUGGAAAGAAUCUCAGGUUAUCUUAAGAUCCAAGGGAAAAUAGGAGUCACCCUGUUGUGGAAUGAAGAUGAUUGCCUUUUGCUGGAACUAAAUGAAAAAUAUGCUAAUCAAACUUGUGGCCUUUGUGGGGAUUUCAAUCAAAUCGCAACCUACAAUGAAUUCUUUUCCAACAAUAUCCAGCUGACUCCUUUGCAGUUUGGAAACAUGCAGAAGAUGGAUGGACCCACAGAACAAUGCGAAGAUCCUGUCCCUUUACCUGGAGGCCAGUGCAGCCAGAAGUCUACCACUCUGUGUCAAAAUAUACUGACUGGUCACGCAUUUGAAGCUUGCAAUGCAUUGGUUGAUGUGCGUGACUACAUUGAUGCUUGCAUACAAGAUUUAUGCCAAUGUGAUCAAUCUGUGACUGAAGUUUGCAUCUGUAACACCUUUGCUGAGUACUCCAGACAAUGCUCCCAUGCUGGUGGACAACCACUUGAAUGGCGAACAGAAGAUUUCUGUCCCAAGUCUUGUCCUUUCAACAUGCAACAUCGAGAAUGUGGAUCCCCCUGUUUCGACACUUGUACCAAUUCUGAACAGUCCCAGUUAUGUGAAGAUCACUGCAUAGAUGGUUGUUUCUGUCCCCCUGGCACUGUGUUUGAUGACAUUAACAAUUCUGGCUGCAUCCCCAUUUCGGAUUGUUACUGUACUUACAACGGGGAUUCUUACGCUCCUGGUACUUCUUUUUCCUCCCAAUGCAUUUCAUGUUCAUGCACAGGGGGACAGUGGACUUGCAUCAGCCUUUCAUGUCCUGGAAUAUGUUCUAUUGAAGGUGGCUCCCAUAUCUCCACUUUUGAUGAGAAAUACUAUUCCUUUUUUGGGGACUGUAGCUAUAUGUUCACUAAGCUCUGUGAUAGCAAUGCCUUCGCUGUUCUGGGAGAAAUUCAAAAGUGUGGCCUGACAGAAACUGAGACAUGCCUGAAAGGAUUAGCUAUAAACAUUGAUGGAGGACAGACAGUGAUUGUGAUCAAGUCUAAUGGAGCUGUGUAUGUGAAUAUGAUUCUCACUCAGCUGCCUAUCUCAGCAUCCAAUGUCACCAUCUUCAGCCCUACCUCAUUCUUCACUGUGGUAGACACAAAAUUUGGAAUCCAGCUGGUGAUACAAUUUAUCCCAAUAAUGCAGCUGUUUAUAUACAUAGACCCAAGCCACAAAGGGCAGACAUGUGGUCUCUGUGGAAAUUUCAAUGGUAUCCAAACAGAUGACUUUAAAGCUAUCAGUGGGGUGACAGAAGGAACCCCUGCUGCCUUUGCUAAUACCUGGAAAACACAGGCAGACUGCCCCAACGUCAAAAACGUAUUUGAAAACCCCUGUACUCUCAGUAUUGAAAAUGAAAAAUAUGCUUUACACUGGUGCGGAUUGCUGACUGACACCAAGGGGCCCUUUCAGAAAUGCCACCCAGUAGUAAACCCAGCUGUUUACCACACUAACUGCAUGUUUGACACCUGUAACUGUGAAAAGAGUGAGGACUGCAUGUGUGCUGCUCUCUCAGCCUAUGUCAGGGCCUGUGCUGCUAAAGGAGUAUUGCUAAGCACAUGGAGGACUACUGUCUGUGCCAAAUUCCAAAUUUGUCCUGAAACUUGGACCUAUCAUUACAACAUUGAGACCUGUCAAGCCACCUGCAGAGCUCUCAGUGAGGUUGAUGUCACCUGCAAAAUCAAGUUCCCUCCACUUGAUGGAUGCACCUGUGAAGUAGGGACAUACCUGGACGACAGUGGCAAAUGUGUGCCUGCCUCUAAGUGCCCUUGUUACCACAAAGGAUCUGCCAUUCCAUCUGGAGAAGUGAUUCAUGACAAUGGCAUCAUGUGUACCUGUGUACAAGGCAAGCUUCAGUGCAUUGGGGACGUGAAACCACAAACAGAUUGUGAUGCUCCUAUGGUAUACUUCGAUUGUGACAAUGCCACAGCUAGCGCUCACGGAGUUGAGUGUCAGAAGAGCUGCCAGACACUUGAUAUGGGAUGUUACAGUGCACAGUGUGCCUCUGGUUGUGUAUGUCCUGAUCAGCUAGUGUCUGAUGGCACAGGCAAAUGUAUACCUGCAGAAGAAUGUCCAUGCAUUCACAAUGAAGCCACAUAUAAACCAGGAGAAACGAUCAAAGAUAAAUGUAAUACUUGCACAUGCAAGAACCGAAAGUGGAUUUGCUCUAAUAAACCUUGUCUGGAAACUUGCUCAGUUUAUGGAGAUGGUCAUUAUAUCACCUUUGACGACAAACGAUAUGCCUUCAAUGGAGUGUGUGAAUACACACUGGUCCAGAAUCAGUGUAAAAAUAAGACAAAUGUAGACACUUUCCGGAUUAUCACAGAGAAUAUCCCCUGCGGUUCUACAGGGACUACCUGCUCAAAAGCCAUUAAGGUGUUCGCUGGGAACUAUGAGUUACUACUUACAGAUGGAAAAUUUAAGGUGAUACAGAGACUUCUUGGUGGAGGCGAAGUGCCGUUCAAGAUCCGAUACAUGGGCAUCUACAUGGUGAUUGAAAUUUUUAAUGGAGGUGUGAUCGUGAUAUGGGAUAAGAAAACCACUGUGUUCAUUAAACUGAGAGCAGACUUUAAGGGUGAGGUCUGUGGCCUUUGUGGAAACUAUGAUGGCAAUGACAUCAAUGAUUUCACUACCAGGAGCCAGUCUGUAGUAGGAGAUGUCUUGGAAUUUGGUAACAGCUGGAAAGUUUCUCCCACUUGUCCAGAUGUCCCAAACACCAGGGAUCCAUGUUCUGCAAAUCCUUAUAGGAGUUCCUGGGCACAGAGGCAGUGUAGCAUCAUUAACAGCAAGACAUUUGCUCUCUGCCAUCCUCAGGUUGAACCAACUAAAUAUUACGAAGCGUGUGUAUCUGAUGCCUGUGCUUGUGACACUGGAGGGGACUGUGAAUGCUUCUGUACAGCUGUAGCUGCAUAUGCACAGGCAUGUCAGGAGGCUGGUGCAUGCAUCUCUUGGAGAACUCCAUCCAUCUGUCCUUUAUUCUGUGAUUACUACAAUAAAAAGGGAGAGUGUGAAUGGCAUUAUCAAGCUUGUGGUUCUUCUUGCAUGAAAACCUGUAGGAAUCCAUACAAUUGUUCACUUGAAUUAUAUAACUUGGAAGGAUGCUAUCCAAAAUGUCCAGAUGAUAAACCCUACUUUAAUGAAGAUGAAAUGGAUUGUGUCUCCCUUGAUAAGUGUGGUUGCUUUGAUGAUAAAGGAAACUAUUAUAAACCAGGAGAAAAAUUGCCUUCAGAAAAGAGCUGUCAAUCAUGUUAUUGUUCAAUGGACAGUGAAGAGGACUGCAGAUAUGAUGAAAAUGAAUGCUACUGUAUCUAUGAAGGAAAGAUAAGCAAACCUGGCGAGAUCAUCUACAAUACAACUGAUGGCAUUGGAGGGUGCAUCACUGCAAUUUGCAGUCAAAAUGGCACAAUUGAGAGGAAUAUCUUUCCAUGUUCCACAACCCCUACCAGUAUUCCCACUACUACUGUCUUUGUAUUUACUAACACCACUUCACCAGCAAGUACUACUUCAGUGCCCAUGACUACAUCCGUCUGUGUUCAGGAAGUGUGUAAUUGGUCAGCGUGGUAUGAUGGGAUGCAGCCUGGCUCGGGAAACAAUGAUGGAGAUUUUGAAACUUUUGACAAUCUAAGGGCCAAAGGCUACCAAGUCUGCAAAACUCCAAAAGCUGUUGAAUGUAGAGCAGAGAAAUUCCCCAAUACUCCAUUAACUACACUGGGCCAGAAAGUAGAAUGCAGCAGGACAGUUGGAUUAAUUUGUAAUAAUUUGGACCAGCAUCCAGACAUCUGCCACAAUUAUCAAAUCAAAAUUCUAUGCUGCAGCUUUGUACCAUGUGGCAAUUAUACUACAGCUCCCAUACCUGAAACUACCACAGUCUCUCCAGUUCAAACAACUACAGUACCAGCUACUAUUUUGACAAGUACCACUGCUUUCACAAGUACAAUUAAAGGAACCACUAAAAUCUUAACAACAACCCCAGAAACCACUGUUUUACCUACUAGCACUACAAUCCCAUCUACCAUGGAAACUGGAUCUUCAACAACAGAAAUGACAACUUGCAAGCCUAUCUGCAAAUGGACAGAAUGGUAUGAUGUGCAUUUUCCUACACUGGAUAAUGAAGGCGAUUUUGAAACAUAUGACGUUAUUAAAGCCACGGGAAAAGAUAUCUGUGAAAACCCAGAACAUAUAGAAUGCAGAGCUGAGAAAUUCCCUAACAAAACUAUUGAUGAAAUUGGCCAAAAGGUCCAGUGCAACGUAUCCUUUGGAUUUGUUUGCAGAAAUAAAGAUCAGAUGGGAAUGCUGCAAAUAUGUUUUAACUAUCAAAUUAAAGUCUAUUGCUGCAACAACGAAUGCUUGACCACUCCUACAGAAACUUCAACCAGGGUCACAACACCUCAAACAACUUCUACAAUCAUUACUACAACUUCAGGAACAACAAAUCCAAAUAUAACAACACCACAACGUACAUCUACCCCAGUUCCAGAGACAACUACAAUUACAUUACCUCCUGCCACUACUAAAUAUACAACCACGCUUCCUACAAUUUCUACUACAAAAUUUUCAACGACAACUACUACUAUUCACCCAAGUUCCACUACAGCUCCUCUAACUACAACAUUUCUUCCAACAACAUCUGAACCAACCAGAGUAACCACCACAAUACCACUUCCAACUACAACACAGACACAAAUACCUACAACUAUUUUUACAACAGGCAUACUUUGCUCUGAGGAAAAAUGUGAAUGGUCCCAAUGGUAUGAUAUAAGUUACCCAGGCAACGGACUGGAUGAUGGGGAUUUUGAAACAUUUGAAAAUAUAAGAGACAAAGGACAUGAAGUUUGUAAAGCACCAAAAAAUGUUGAAUGUCAAGCACUAAAGUAUCCAAAUGCAUCGCUUGAGGAACUGAAUCAAAAUGUUACAUGUAAUACAAAAGUAGGACUCAUAUGUUAUAAUAAAGACCAAGAAACACAAAUUUGCAACAAUUACAAGAUCAGAAUUCAAUGUUGCAAAAUGAUAUCUGUACCAUGCCAAACAACAACAAUUUCUAAAAUAACUACUACAUCACUGAAAACAACAAAAAUACCUACAUCAAUAUUAACAACAACAAAACAAGUAACAAAGACAACAGAAAAACAAAUUUUUACACAAUACCACACAACAAAGCGGCCAUCUACAGCACCUCAGAUCAUUGAAACAACAUCUUUUCCAACAACUGCCACUUUGAGAACCAGCCAUCCAGUUUCAACCACAACACCCUUUAGAACACCAACACGGGAAGUGAUAACCACAACCGGACCACCCACCACAACAGUGAUAACCACCACCAGAACUACCACCAAACCAACAACUCCUGCAAUCACAACAACAGUUAGCCCUCCGACUGCACCCAUAGUAACCAGAACUGCUAUACCCACCACUACCCAGUUACCCACCACCAGGGAGUACCACCAAAAAAACAACUCCCACCAUCACGACGAAAGUUAUCUCUCCCACAACUCCCAUAGUAACCACAACUGCUUUGCCCACCACUACCCAGUUACCCACCACCAGCAGAACCACCAAAAAAACAAUCCCACCAUCACGACGAAAGUUAUCUCUCCCACAACUCCCAUAGUAACCACAACUGCUUUGCCCACCACUACCCAGUUACCCACCACCAGCAGAACCACCAAAAAAACAACUCCCACCAUCACGACGAAAGUUAUCUCUCCCACAACUCCCAUAGUAACCACAACUGCUUUACCCACCACUACCCAGUUACCCACCACCAGCAGAACCACCAAAAAAACAACUCCCACCAUCACGACGAAAGUUAUCUCUCCCACAACUCCCAUAGUAACCACAACUGCUUUACCCACCACUACCCAGUUACCCACACCAACAACUACUCUCACUACGACCGCUCCACCAACGACCACAUGUGCGCCUGUAACCUGCCAAUGGUCAGAAUGGUUUGAUGUUGUCUUUCCCACUUCUGGACCUGAAGGAGGAGACCUUGAAACUUACAGCAACAUCCGAGCCGCAGGAGGGAGAUUCUGUGAAAAGCCGAUCGAUAUAAAAUGCGAAGCUGUAAAUCACCCAGACCUAAGCAUUGAACAACUUGGUCAAGUCGUUCAGUGUGAUGUCACAGUUGGACUGAUAUGCUACAAUAAAGACCAAACUGGAGAAACUAAGCAAUGCUUUAAUUUCAGGGUAAGGGUGCUUUGUUGUGAAGAAAACCCCGAAUGCAAAAAAACAACCUUACCACCCACCUCAACAGUGAUAACCACCACCAGCAGUACCACCAAAGAAACAACUCCCACCAUCACGACGACAGUUAUCUCUCCCACAACUCCCAUAGUAACCACAACUGCUUUGCCCACCACUACCCAGUUACCCACACCAACAACUACUCUCACUACGACCGCUCCACCAACGACCACAUGUGCGCCUGUAACCUGCCAAUGGUCAGAAUGGUUUGAUGUUGUCUUUCCCACUUCUGGACCUGAAGGAGGAGACCUUGAAACUUACAGCAACAUCCGAGCCGCAGGAGGGAGAUUCUGUGAAAAGCCGAUCGAUAUAAAAUGCGAAGCUGUAAAUCACCCAGACCUAAGCAUUGAACAACUUGGUCAAGUCGUUCAGUGUGAUGUCACAGUUGGACUGAUAUGCUACAAUAAAGACCAAACUGGAGAAACUAAGCAAUGCUUAAUUUCAGGCAGUACCACCAAAGAAACAACUCCCACCAUCACGACGACAGUUAUCUCUCCCACAACUCCCAUAGUAACCACAACUGCUUUGCCCACCACUACCCAGUUACCCACACCAACAACUACUCUCACUACGACCGCUCCACCAACGACCACAUGUGCGCCUGUCACCUGCCAAUGGUCAGAAUGGUUUGAUGUUGACUUUCCCGCUUCUGGACCAGAAGGAGGAGACCUUGAAACUUACAGCAACAUCCGAGCCGCUGGAGGGAGAUUCUGUGAAAAGCCUAUAAAUAUACAAUGUCGAGCUGUAAACCACCCAGACCUAAGCAUUGAACAGGUUGGUCAAGUCGUUCAGUGUAAUGUCACAGCUGGACUCAUAUGCUACAAUAAAGACCAAACUGGAAAAUCUAAGAUGUGCUAUAAUUACGAGAUAAGAGUGCUUUGUUGUGAAGAAAACCCCGAAUGCAAAAAAACAACCGUACCACCCACCUCAACAGUGAUAACCACCACUAGCAGUACCACCAAAGAAACUACUCCCAGAAUCACGACAACAGUUAUCUCUCCCACAACUCCCAUAGGAACCACAACUGCUUUGCCCACCACUACCCAGUUACCCACACCAACAACAACUCUCAGUACGACCGCUCCACCAACGACCACAUGUGCGCCUGUCACCUGUCAAUGGUCAGAAUGGUUUGAUGUUGUUUUUCCCACUUCUGGACCUGAAGGAGGAGACCUUGAAACUUACAGCAACAUCCGAGCCGCGGGAGGGAGAUUCUGUGAAAAGCCUAUAAAUAUACAAUGUGAAGCUGUAAAUCACCCAGACCUAAGCAUUGAACAACUUGGUCAAGUCGUUCAGUGUGAUGUCACAGUUGGACUGAUAUGCUACAAUAAAGACCAAACUGGAGAAACUAAGCAAUGCUUUAAUUUCAGGUUACCCACACCAACAACUACUCUCACUACGACCGCUCCACCAACGACCACAUGUGCGCCUGUCACCUGCCAAUGGUCAGAAUGGUUUGAUGUUGACUUUCCCGCUUCUGGACCUGAAGGAGGAGACCUUGAAACUUACAGCAACAUCCGAGCCGCUGGAGGGAGAUUCUGUGAAAAGCCUAUAAAUAUACAAUGUCGAGCUGUAAACCACCCAGACCUAAGCAUUGAACAGGUUGGUCAAGUCGUUCAGUGUAAUGUCACAGCUGGACUCAUAUGCUACAAUAAAGACCAAACUGGAAAAUCUAAGAUGUGCUAUAAUUACGAGAUAAGUGUGCUUUGUUGUGAAGAAAACCCCGAAUGCAAAAAAACAACCGUACCACCCACCUCAACAGUGAUAACCACCACUAGCAGUACCACCAAAGAAACUACUCCCAGAAUCACGACAACAGUUAUCUCUCCCACAACUCCCAUAGGAACCACAACUGCUUUGCCCACCACUACCCAGUUACCCACACCAACAACAACUCUCAGUACGACCGCUCCACCAACGACCACAUGUGCGCCUGUCACCUGUCAAUGGUCAGAAUGGUUUGAUGUUGUCUUUCCCACUUCUGGACCUGAAGGAGGAGACCUUGAAACUUACAGCAACAUCCGAGCCGCGGGAGGGAAAUUCUGUGAAAAGCCUAUAAAUAUACAAUGUGAAGCUGUAAAUCACCCAGACCUAAGCAUUGAACAACUUGGUCAAGUCGUUCAGUGUGAUGUCACAGUUGGACUGAUAUGCUACAAUAAAGACCAAGCUGGAAAAACUAAGCAAUGCUUUAAUUUCAGGGAACCACAACUGCUUUGCCCACCACUACCCAGUUACCCACACCAACAACAACUCUCAGUACGACCGCUCCACCAACGACCACAUGUGCGCCUGUCACCUGUCCAAUGGUCAGAAUGGUUUGAUGUUGUCUUUCCCACUUCUGGACCUGAAGGAGGAGACCUUGAAACUUACAGCAACAUCCGAGCCGCGGGAGGGAGAUUCUGUGAAAAGCCUAUAAAUAUACAAUGUGAAGCUGUAAAUCACCCAGACCUAAGCAUUGAACAACUUGGUCAAGUCGUUCAGUGUGAUGUCACAGUUGGACUGAUAUGCUACAAUAAAGACCAAACUGGAGAAACUAAGCAAUGCUUUAAUUUCAGGGUAAGGGUGCUUUGUUGCGAAGAAAACCCCGAAUGCAAAAAAACAACCUUACCACCCACCUCAACAGUGAUAACCACCACCAGCAGUACCACCAAAGAAACAACUCCUACCAUCACGACGACAAUUAUCUCUCCCACAACUCCCAUAGUAACCACAACUGCUUUGCCAACCACUACCCAGUUACCCACACCAACAACAACUCUCACUACGACCGCUCCACCAACGACCACAUGUGCGCCUGUCACCUGCCAAUGGUCAGAAUGGUUUGAUGUUGUCUUUCCCACUUCUGGACCUGAAGGAGGAGACCUUGAAACUUACAGCAACAUCCGAGCCGCGGGAGGGAGAUUCUGUGAAAAGCCGAUAGAUAUAAAAUGCGAAGCUGUAAAUCACCCAGACCUAAGCAUUGAACAACUUGGUCAAGUUGUUCAGUGUGAUGUCACAGUUGGACUGAUAUGCUACAAUAAAGACCAAACUGGAGAAACUAAGCAAUGCUUUAAUUUCAGGGUAAGGGUGCUUUGUUGCGAAGAAAACCCCGAAUGCAAAAAAACAACCUUACCACCCACCUCAACAGUGAUAACCACCACCAGCAGUACCACCAAAGAAACAACUCCCACCAUCACGACGACAGUUAUCUCUCCCACAACUCCCAUAGUAACCACAACUGCUUUGCCCACCACUACCCAGUUACCCACACCAACAACUACUCUCACUACGACCGCUCCACCAACGACCACAUGUGCGCCUGUCACCUGCCAAUGGUCAGAAUGGUUUGAUGUUGACUUUCCCGCUUCUGGACCUGAAGGAGGAGACCUUGAAACUUACAGCAACAUCCGAGCCGCUGGAGGGAGAUUCUGUGAAAAGCCUAUAAAUAUACAAUGUCGAGCUGUAAACCACCCAGACUUAAGCAUUGAACAGUUACCCACACCAACAACAACUCUCAGUACGACCGCUCCACCAACGACCACAUGUGCGCCUGUCACCUGUCAAUGGUCAGAAUGGUUUGAUGUUGUCUUUCCCACUUCUGGACCUGAAGGAGGAGACCUUGAAACUUACAGCAACAUCCGAGCCGCGGGAGGGAGAUUCUGUGAAAAGCCUAUAAAUAUACAAUGUGAAGCUGUAAAUCACCCAGACCUAAGCAUUGAACAACUUGGUCAAGUCGUUCAGUGUGAUGUCACAGUUGGACUGAUAUGCUACAAUAAAGACCAAACUGGAAAAACUAAGCAAUGCUUUAAUUUCAGGGUAAGGAUGCUUUGUUGCGAAGAAAACCCCGAAUGCAAAAAAACAACCUUACCACCCACCUCAACAGUGAUAACCACCACCACCAAAGAAACAACUCCUACCAUCACGACGACAAUUAUCUCUCCCACAAUUCCCAUAGUAACCACAACUGCUUUGCCAACCACUACCCAGUUACCCACACCAACAACAACUCUCACUACGACCGCUCCACCAACGACCACAUGUGCGCCUGUAACCUGCCAAUGGUCAGAAUGGUUUGAUGUUGUCUUUCCCACUUCUGGACCUGAAGGAGGAGACCUUGAAACUUACAGCAACAUCCGAGCCGCAGGAGGGAGAUUCUGUGAAAAGCCUAUAAAUAUACAAUGUCGAGCUGUAAACCACCCUGACCUAAGCAUUGAACAGGUUGGUCAAGUCGUUCAGUGUGAUGUCACAGCUGGACUGAUAUGCUAUAAUAAAGACCAAACUGGAAAAUCUAAGCUAUGCUAUAAUUACGAGAUAAGUGUGCUUUGUUGUGAAGAAAACCCCGAAUGCAAAAAAACAACCGUACCACCAACCUCAACAGUGAUAACCACCACCAGCAGUACCACCAAAGAAACAACUCCCACCAUCACGACGACAGUUAUCUCUCCCACAACUCCCAUAGUAACCACAACUUCUUUGCCCACCACUACCCAGUUACCCACCCCAACAACAACUCUCACUACGACCGCUCCACCAACGACCACAUGUGCGCCUGUCACCUGUCAAUGGUCAGAAUGGUUUGAUGUUGUCUUUCCCACUUCUGGACCUGAAGGAGGAGACCUUGAAACUUACAGCAACAUCCGAGCCGCGGGAGGGAGAUUCUGUGAAAAGCCGAUAGAUAUAAAAUGCGAAGCUAAAACUAAGCAAUGCUUUAAUUUCAGGGUAAGGGUGCUUUGUUGCGAAGAAAACCCCGAAUGCAAAACAACAACCUUACCACCCACCACCACUUCUAGCUCAACCCUCCCAGGUUCAACAAUGACACAGGAAGUGAAAACCACAACCGUACCUCAACCCACCUCAAGUAUUACAUCUUCAAUCACCACCAUAGGAAGCAGCACAAGUCAUUGCUUUUGCCAAAUUGGGGAAAAUAUUUAUAUGCCUGGUGAAGUGAUAUAUAAGCAAACCGACAGCGAUGGCUGCCUUUAUUUCGCCAUUUGUGAUAGCACAUGUUCCAUUGAAAGAUACAAAGGGCCAUGUGUAUCAACUACAACCAAACCCACCUCAACUCCUACAAUCGUCUCCACCACUCCUACUACCAGUACUGCUGGUACUACUCUACCACCAGGCUGUCCUGAUGCUGUUCCACCCCGGGAGGAGGGUGAGACGUGGAUACAAAAUUGCACUAAAGCAACUUGUUUAGGAAACAACAACAUUGUGAUAAGUAAAGUGGAGUGUCCACCGGUACAGAAGAUUAUUUGUGAAAAUGGCUACGCACCAGUAAAGGUUCUCUCAAAGGAUGGAUGUUGUUAUCACUAUGAAUGUGAAUGUACUUGUAGUGGCUGGGGUGAUCCUCACUUUAUCACAUUUGAUGGAGUCUACUACACUUUCCAGGACAAUUGCACUUAUGUAUUGGUGCAGCAAAUUAUACCAAAAUAUAAUAACUUUAAAAUCCUUAUUGAUAAUUACUACUGUGACACAGAAGAUCAACUUUCCUGUUCCCAGUCUAUUAUUAUACACUACAAAUCUUCAGUCAUUGUGUUAACUCACCAACACUUUAACGGGAUAUACGUUAACAAGAUCUAUUUCAAUGGGAAACUCAUCAAGACAAGUUUCCAGAAAGAUGGCAUUUAUAUUUACACAAUUGGUAUUGAUAUGGUGGUUGAAAUUUCUGAAAUCGAAACUAUUGUCACCUAUAGUGGUACAAUCUUCUCAGUAAAGCUUCCAUUCAGCAAGUUUUACAACAACACUGAAGGACAAUGUGGUACUUGCACUAACAAUAUAAAAGAUGAAUGUCGCUUACCAAACGGUGAAGUAACAGAUUGCCCCCACAUGGCUCCCCAUUGGAGAGUGCCUGAUCCUAAAAAGAAUUACUGCUUCGGACCAACACCAUCUGCACCAACUGAAAUUACACCUUUACCUGAAAUAUGUAGCACAGCUCCUCUCUGUUCCCUUAUUUUGAAUGACAUCUUCUCUAAGUGCCAUGAGAUCAUACCUCCGGAUCCCUACUUCCGAGGCUGCAUCUUUGAUGCUUGCCAUAUGAAAAAUAUCUCCACGCAGUGUUCAGGAUUAGAGAUAUAUGCUUCUCUCUGUGCCUCUAAAGGUGUUUGUAUCGAUUGGCGAGGGAAGACCAAUGAUAAAUGCCCCUUUAGCUGCCCUACAGAUAAAGUAUACGAUCCAUGUGGCCCCAUCAAUCCUCCCACCUGUGAUAACAGUGGUCCUCCACAGACUGGAAUAACAGAAGGUUGCUUCUGUAAAAAUGGAACCAAACUCUUCAGUACCCACAGAGAUAUCUGUGUCUCUGAUUGUGGUUGUACUGGACCAGAUGGGUUACCCAAAGUGCCUGGAGAAACUUGGAUUAGCAACUGCCAGAAAUGUAUUUGUGAGGAAUAUUCUCUUAUGGUACAAUGUAUUGAAGAACCAUGUCCUACCAAAGCUACUCCUGUGGAAUGUUCUUUUGAAGGGUUUGUACCCAUCACAAUAUUAACCCCUGAAGAAAAGUGCUGCCCUCAAAAACAGUGUGUGUGCAACACUUCUCACUGUCCCGGGUCUGUUGAAACCUGUCCACUGGGAUAUGAAUUAAAGAAGGAAAACUUGCCCGGAGAUUGCUGCAUUAACACCACUUGUGUGAAAGUACCAGGCUGUGUUGUCGAUGGAAAAUUCUACAGUCCUGGGGCAGUCGUACCAAGAGGAUUAUGCGAAUCAUGCAAAUGCUCUGAAAAAGAAGAUCUAGAAAACAACGUGGAGUGUGUUUCUAAAACAUGUGACCAAAGAUGCCCUCUGGGUCACAAAUACCAGGAAGUACCUGGACAAUGCUGUGGCCAAUGUAUGCAGAUUGCUUGUGUUCUGACAUUGGGUUCCUCUCCUACCCAAGUGAUCAAGCCAGGAGAAAUUUGGUACCCACCAGGAAACAAUUGUACUUCAUAUGAAUGUGAUCUUAUUGACAACCAAUAUAUUACUGUCACUAUCAAGAAAACUUGCCUUCAAUGGGAUCCAAACUGCCCGCCUGAAUAUGUGAAACCCGCUGAUGAUGGGUGUUGCAAGAAAUGCGAACCUCCAAGGAUAGAAUUCUGUGCACCAAUAAACAUCACCAAAACAAUAAAAUACAAUGGCUGUGAAUCUUCUUCACCUAUUGAAGUAACAUACUGUGAAGGCCAAUGUGACAGUUUUUCAAAGUAUUCAUAUAAGGCAAACAUGAUGAAUCAUACAUGCACCUGUUGUCAAGAGCAAAAGACUACGAAGAAGCAAGUGACCUUGAUUUGCCCCGAUGGUUUAACCAUGGAUUAUUCUUACCUCUAUGUUGACAAGUGUGAGUGUGUCAAGAGUGAAUGCAACAUUUGGCCCACACCUGCUCCACAAAAAUUGUCCAGCUUCCCACCACAGCAGCAGGAGCAACAGCAGCAGCAGCAGCAGCAGCAGGAGGAGCAGCAGAAGAAGCAGUAAGAAUAAAAACUGCAGCAGGAAUGAAAGGGACGCUCAGGACCAGUCUAAACAUUUCCAAAAAGUGACCCAGAAUUGAAUAAAAAUUAAAAUGUAAUAAAAUGUAAAAGUUAUGCUCAAGCAACAUUCAACCAAAUAUUUCCUCUAUCUACUCUUCAAGGAAAGAUUUUCUCUUCUGCAUACCAAGCAUUUUGAAAUGUCCUGACUUUUUUUUUGGGUGCAGACUCAACUGAGACUAUAUGAGGUUUUUUUUUUUUUUUUAAACAAACAAACUUGGAGAUGGAAGGGAAGAGGCUUGGUGUCAAUAAUUGGAGUUGGGGGUGAAGAAAUAAAAAAGAUGUAUUGGUUUGGUUUGGGAUCUUCUCUUGAGAAGUGACAAUUCCUGCAUUAAGUGACAGGUAGUACUAUUUUAAUUAAGACUGGUGGAGUUUUUAGCACUAGCUGACAGAAGCCAGACAAUAUCUGGAAACUGAGUAGGAUUUUGAUCCAAUUCAUCUCUGUUGCAUGUGACAAAAACAUUGGUUGGUAUUUGCUAAAAUGGGAAGCAUAGCUCUCAGUUCUCUGACAUAAUUUUUCUUACUGUGCUUCCAAAUUCCUUUUUCUACAAACUUCAUUUUUUCCCCCUAUUCUUUCCAAAUAUGAGACAGGCUAUAUAAUGAUGUGAGAUUCUUUGUAGAUUUAUUACUAUUGCAAGAAGGAAAAAAAACAUGAAGUGUGGCUGCUGCUGAAGAAGACUGUUUACAUGAUACCAUCAGCAUAGUAGUUGUAUGAGGAUCGAGAUUAUUUUUGUAAUUGUUUACAGAAUGAACUAACAUAAGUAUAUGCACACCAAAAGGUAAUUGGAGAAUUUUUGUAAACCAAAGUAAUAAAUAACAGUAAUAUAACUUAGAAUUUCUCUUCUAAGUUAGUGAAUUGUUUUCAAACAUCUAAUUACUAUUUAUUUGUUUCCAGAAAAAUAUAUUUUCAGGGAUAUUUUCUUCUGAAUAAAUGCUCUACUGUCUGUCAACUAAUGCCUGGUUGAGGGAAAUUUUCAUCUUUUUUAUAGUUGUUAUUUGUUGCUCAACAACAGCUAAAUGAUUAAUAAAAUUUACAACAUUUUGCAAGGGA